CUUUCCUUUCAAAACUAUUGGCAUGGAACGUUUGUCUGAACAAAGACACUGCUGUUAACCAACUGCUGUCGUCUUUAUAUGUUGUGACGCACGGGUGGCAUUGUUGGGAAAUGACACCUCACCUGUACACCUCAACCAAUCAACGCUUCUGUACCCUGUGACGUUGCUGUAAACUACACAAUCUUCUUACAAGUUACAGGGCCUGAGUAUUUUUCCUUACUUCUUAUUCAAGUCUCGUCUGUUGAAGAGUGGAAGUGCUCUCGGGCAGCGGAAAGUGACGUUAUAGAUUUGUCCUUUCUCUGUCAGUCUGUUCUCGGUACAAGCUGACAAUGAGUUUGGAGAAGGCCGCAUACGGAGGCGAAGUUGCCGGCCGGGUCCGCCGAGACCGACCCGGCGCGGCCCGACCGGUGACGGUGGCCGUGGCGGCCGGGGCGGGGGUGCUGGUGGUGGCGGCCCUGGUCUUCCUCGCUCACGAAGUCAAAUAUGUGCGAGAGAACGGAGAUCAGUUGCAAAAUAAACUAGCAAAGGCAAAUGACGAGAUCCUGGCGCUGAAGGAUCGUACCCUGGCCAUGGAGAUCAAGCAGGACGCCGCUGCGAGAGACAAGGAGGAAAUGACGGCCCUAAAGACAGAGUUGCAGCAGGAGAAAGCUGACGGGGCGUCUCUGAGGGAGAGACUGGCUGUGCUGGAAACCAAGUUCCAACUCGGGCAUGCUGAGGAACACAACUUUGGGAACUUUCGAGAGGACGAGAAGCCGAACCAAGCUGACAGUGUCUCUGAACACAACGGCACCUUGCGGAGGUACAGGCGCUCCGACAACUCAGUCACGACACCUGCCGGCCUCUUUCGAGGUCCCGAAGGACCGGCCGGACGAGACGGGCGGGACGGCCGUGAUGGUGCUCCCGGGCCGCCCGGGCCUCCCGGUCCAUCUGGCGGAUGUGGAGGGUGUGGAGGACAAUCCUGCCCACAGAAGCCGUGCACUGCAGUACCACUAGGUAUGGAGAGCGGCGCUAUUCCUGAUGGCCACAUCACUGCAUCCAGUCAGUACAAUACUGGCAGUUGUGCCACCAGCAAAGGUCGCCUUCAUUCUCAGGAGGGCGCCGGAGCCUGGUGUUCUGCACAGAACAACAACCAGCAGUGGCUACAGGUUGACGUGGGAGCAGAGACUACUGUAGCUGGAGUUAUCACCCAGGGUAGGGCUGGUGCAGAUCAGUGGGUGACCUCCUACAAACUGCGCUUCAGCAGAGACGGAAGCACGUGGUCUACAUACCUGGAUAACCUGGGACGUGAUAGGGUUUUCUCUGGCAACUUUGAUCGAGACACCGAAGUGCGCCACCUGUUGGAGCCGCCGGUAACUGCACGUUACGUCCGGUUCUGGCCACAGGCAUGGAACUCUCACCUCAGUAUGCGGGUGGAGGUCUUGGGACAGGACUGCCCCGGUGACUAGACACAGCAUGCAGACUUGGAGAUUUCCAAAGCACAGAUUUGCACACAACAGGAUACACAUGUAUCUGCUUCACAGUUUUAAGUGAAAGACCAAUUUUGGCUUUUACUUAUGGUUAUAGUUAUUAUUAGAUUAUCAUCUCGGUAAAAAUAGUAAUAUUGUUUUUGGUCUGUUUGUUUGGCUUGGUGUUUGCAGUUAAUUGUGGUGGCCUAGGUGGGUUCAAAAACAGUACAUGUAUGUCAUGAGUCAUGGCUACACUGAGAGUUACUUGAUGCAUUUAGGGUUACCGAUUUAAAGCUUGUGACAACAAUGUUCAGCCUAUUUUAUAUUGAUACAAUGUCCUAAUGAUUACAGCAUUACAUUUUUAUAUUGUAGCCGACGUGUAUUGUGUAGUGCUUGAUGAAAAUGUCAAUGGCUUCAUGAUGUAAAGAAGAAUGACUACAUUCCUUGUUUUUCUAUGCUGGUGUUGCUGUCCUUUGUUACUACACUGCCUUUAGUCGUGGAGAAAUUUUGACUAAUGUUUGCAAACAAGGAGAUGAUAAAAUACAAAUGUAGCUAUUUCAUUUGUGCACUCAGAACCUAUCGGGCAUUUAUAUCCAGAAAUAAAGCAGGCUGUUCCACAUAAA